UUCGAGUCGGCGGAGCCGCCGCGGUGACGGUGGCCGGGGGCUCCCUACACUCGGCCCUCCCCGGCGUGGGAUGCUCGGGGCUGGCGCGCGCCCCGGGAGGAACUUGGAGGGGAGAGGCCCUGGCAUGAGGAUUCCCGCACCAUGGAAGGGCUCCUGUCUCCGAUGAGGACCAAGAUGACGGAAGGUCGUCGCUGUCAAGUCCAUCUUCUUGAUGACCGGAAGCUGGAGCUCCUAGUACAGCCCAAGCUUUUAGCCAAGGAGCUGCUUGACCUCGUGGCGUCUCACUUCAACCUGAAGGAAAAGGAGUACUUUGGAAUCGCCUUCACGGACGAGACCGGACACCUGAACUGGCUGCAGCUAGACCGGAGGGUACUGGAACACGAUUUCCCGAAGAAGUCUGGGCCCGUGGUCCUGUUCUUCUGCGUCAGGUUCUACAUAGAGAGUAUCUCCUACCUGAAGGACAACGCCACCAUUGAGCUCUUCUUCCUGAAUGCCAAGUCCUGCAUCUACAAGGAGCUCAUCGACGUGGACAGUGACGUGGUAUUCGAGCUGGCCUCCUAUAUCCUACAGGAAGCAAAAGGGGAUUUUUCUAGCAAUGAAGGCGUGAGAAGUGACCUGAAGAAGCUGCCCGCCCUGCCCACUCAGGUCCUGAAGGAGCACCCUUCCCUCGCCUACUGUGAGGACCGGGUCAUCGAGCACUACAAGAAGCUGAUUGGCCAGACCCGAGGGCAAGCGAUUGUCAACUACAUGAGUGUGGUGGAGUCUCUCCCUACCUACGGGGUGCACUACUAUGCUGUGAAGGACAAGCAGGGGAUUCCCUGGUGGCUGGGUCUGAGCUACAAAGGGAUCUUCCAGUACGACCACCAUGAUAAAGUGAAGCCCCGGAAGAUCUUCCAAUGGAGACAGCUGGAGAACCUGUAUUUCAGGGAGAAGAAGUUUUCCGUGGAGGUCCAUGACCCACGCCGGGCCUCGGUGACCAGGAGGACAUUCGGACACAGCGGCAUCGCGGUGCACACGUGGUAUGCGUGUCCGGCCCUCAUCAAGUCCAUCUGGGCCAUGGCCAUCAGCCAGCACCAGUUCUACCUGGACAGGAAGCAGAGUAAGUCUAAGAUCCAUGCGGCGCGGAGCCUGAGCGAGAUCGCCAUCGACCUCACCGAGACGGGCACGCUGAAGACGUCCAAGCUGGCCAACAUGGGCAGCAAAGGCAAGAUCAUCAGCGGCAGCAGCGGGAGCCUCUUGUCCUCAGGUUCUCAGGAGUCUGACAGCUCCCAGUCAGCCAAGAAGGACAUGCUGGCCGCCCUCAAGUCCCGGCAGGAGGCGCUAGAGGAGACGCUGCGCCAGCGGCUGGAGGAACUGAAGAAGCUCUGCCUGCGGGAAGCGGAGCUGACGGGCAAGCUGCCCAUCGAGUACCCCCUGGACCCGGGGGAAGAGCCGCCCAUUGUCCGGAGAAGAAUAGGAACGGCCUUCAAGCUGGACGAGCACAAAGUGCUGCCCAAGGGCGAGGAGGCCGAGCUCGAGCGCCUGGAGCGGGAGUUUGCCAUCCAGUCCCAGAUCACGGAGGCCGCCCGCCGCCUCGCCAGCGACCCCAACGUCAGCAAGAAGCUGAAGAAGCAGCGGAAAACGUCCUACCUGAACGCACUGAAGAAGCUGCAGGAGAUCGAGAACGCCAUCAACGAGAACCGCGUCAAGGCUGGCAAGAAGCCCACGCAGCGCGCCUCGCUCAUCAUCGAGGACGGGAACAUCGCCAGUGAAGACAGCUCGCUGUCCGACGCCCUUGCUCUGGACGAUGAUGACCCUCAUGUCAUCAGCACACUGUCCCCCUUACAGUCUCCACACAAGGGCCUCCCGCCUCGGCCGCCGUCACACAGCAGGCCGCCUCCCCCGCAGUCCCUGGAGGGGCUCCGGCAGACGCCCUGCCACCGCAGCGACUACGACAAGUCCCCCAUAAAGCCGAAAAUGUGGAGCGAGUCCUCGCUGGACGAGCCAUACGAGAAGGUCAAGAAACGCUCCUCCUACGGCCAUUCCAGUGGCCACAAGCGUUUCCCCAGCACGGGCAGCUGUGCCGAGGCCGGCGUGGGGAGCAGUUGUCUGCAGUCCAGCCCUGUCCGCGGCCUCCCCCAGUGGAACUCGCAGUCCAGCGUGCCGUCCACCCCCGACCUGCGGGUGCGGAGUCCGCACUACGUCCGUUCCACCAGGUCGGUGGACAUCAGCCCCACGCGGCUGCACAGCCUCGCCCUGCACUUUCGGCACCGCAGCUCCAGCCUGGAGUCGCAGGGCAAGCUCCUGGGCUCAGAGAACGACACGGGCAGCCCCGACUUCUACACCCCGCGGACUCGUAGCAGCAACGGCUCGGACCCCAUGGACGACUGCUCGUCGUGCACCAGCCACUCGAGCUCCGAGCACUACUACCCGGCGCAGCUGCACGCGCACUACUCCACGCUGGCCGAGGACUCGCCGUCCAAGGCGCGCGCGCGGCAGCGGGGGCGCGCGGCGGGCGCGCUGGGCAGCGCCAACUCGGGCAGCAUGCCCAACCUGGCGGCGCGCGGGGGCCCGGCGCCCGGCGUCUACCUGCACAGCCAGAGCCAGCCCAGCUCGCAGUACCGCAUCAAGGAGUACCCGCUGUACGUGGACGGCGGCGCCACGCCCGUGGUGGUGCGCAGCCUGGAGAGCGACCAGGAGGGCCACUACAGCGUCAAGGCGCAGUUCAAGACGUCCAGCUCCUACACGGCGGGCGGGCUGUUCCGCGAGGCCGACGCGGGCCGCCUGACGCCGUCGCGCUCGCAGAUCCUGCGGACUCCGUCGCUGGGCCGCGACUCGGGCGCGCCGGACAAGGGCCCCGGCCGCGCCGCCGUGUCCGACGAGCUGCGCCAGUGGUACCAGCGCUCGGCCGCCGCGCAGCGCGAGCACGGCCGCCUGUCGCACACCAGCUCCACGUCGUCCGACAGCGGCUCCCAGCACAGCUCCUCGUCCCAGAGCACCUUCGUGGCGCACAGCAGGGUCACCCGGCUGCCCCAGAUGUGCAAGGCCACGUCCGCAGCUGCCUUACCUCAAAGCCAGAGAAGCUCCACGCCGUCCAGCGACAUCGGAGUAACACCCCCCAGCAGCCCCCACCACAUCCUGGCCUGGCAGACUGGGAGCUAUAGCGACUGCUGCUUCCUGGACUCCUCCGUCCCUCCGGAUCUCGCCGACGUCCAGUGGUACGGGCAGGAGAAAGCCAAGCCUGGGACGCUGGUGUGAGUCGCCGGCCUCCACUGCCUCUCAUCUGCCUUACCCCGACGCACCAUCUCCCGUGCCAGCUUCAGCCCUCAGCACUUUCCUCCCCGUCUCCGUACCCCCCACCCCCUGACUGAGGAGACGUUCUGGAAGGUUCCGGUCCCACUGUGUGUCCCCUGCUCUCUCGCCCACGGAGGGCCGGGGAUUAAUCCUCAAUGCACCUGGGCGGCUUCCCCCCGCCAUGGCAGCCCUCAGGGAAGCUGGCGUGGGCGUCCCGCAGGCACCUGACCUGAACCGAGACAAAGACGCGCAAAGGGGCAA